UUUUUUCAGAGGCCUCAGAUCCAGCCUCCAAGAGCCACCAUCCAGAACAGCAGCCCUUCCAUCCGUCCUGGUGCGCAAACGCCGACCGCGGUGUAUCAAACCAACCAGCACAUCAUGAUGGUCAAUCAUCUGCCAAUGCCCUACCCGAUGCCUCAGGGCCCCCAGUACUGUAUCCCACAGUAUCGUCACAGUGGCCCUCCAUAUGUGGGGCCUCCCCAGCAGUAUCCAGUUCAGCCACCAGGACCAGGACCUUUUUAUCCAGGACCAGGUCCUGGAGAAUUCCCCAAUGCCUACGGAACACCUUUCUACCCAAGUCAGCCAGUGUAUCAGUCUGCACCCAUCAUAGUGCCUACACAGCAGCAGCAGCCUCCACCAGCUAAAAGAGAGAAAAAAACGAUCCGAAUCCGGGAUCCAAACCAGGGAGGCAAAGAUAUAACAGAAGAAAUAAUGUCUGGAGGGGGCAGCAGGAACCCAACGCCCCCCAUCGUGAGACCCACUUCCACACCUACUCCACCUCAGCAGCUGUCCAGCCAGGUCCCUGAGCACAGCCCUGUGGUCUAUGGGACUGUGGAGAACACCCACCUCGCUGCCAGCACCCCUGUCACUGCGACCAGCAACCCCAAGCAAGAAGAGAAGCCAAAACCAGAUCCAGUAUUAAAACCACCUUCACCAGUCCUCAGACCAGAACCUACUGUGGAGAAAAAAGAUCAAGCUGGCCAGACGACCGAGGCCACCUCAGUGGAACCCCCCCCAGAACUCCCUCUGGCUCCGUCGCCGACGCCGGCGGAGGCGUGCGAGGAGCCCAGUAGCGUAGCACCCAGCGAGAGCCCCGUGGCUGCCAGCACUGACCUGACCAGUGACACGGACGGGGGCAGUGACACAGUAACUGCUGCAGAAGGCCUAGCAGAUGUAGCCCAGGCAGAAGCCGUGCCGUUGACUGUGGAGUCGGAGGAG